CAAAUCCAUCGACCCCAUAUAUUUUCAAUCAAAUUGUCUGAAUAACAAAGAAAGAAGACAACUUUCUGCUAAACAGGUAAGAGAGCAAUGAACUGGGUUCAACGCAAGGUCUAUCUCUAUAAUGUCACAUUUGGACUUUACAUGUUGGAUUGGUGGGAGCGUUAUCUUUUCAAUAUUUUGGUGAUUGUGCUGAUGUGGUUCAUCUUUUACAAUAGUUCACGAUAUGUGACUGAAUUUUUCAAAAGUUAUGAUACAUUUGGACUGCAUUCAAAUAUGGUCUUGAGAGCCUCUGGUAGCACAGCUGAGACAGUGACGGGUUCUCUGCAUUUAACAUGAGUCUCAAAUAGCUGCUUCAGCUUGAAACUGUGGCAAUGGAUGUGCAAGCACAAAAAUUUCAAAUAUGCUUCGAUGGGUGCCAUCGAUCUGGUUUUAAUUAGGAACUUCUGUUUUUGCAAAAGCAAUUGUGCAUGUUUUGUAUUGAUUGUAUACCUAGCCAUAAGGAUUUUGUUGUAAUUUAUGUACUUCUUGGCCACCCUGUAUUUUUUAUUUUUUAUUUUUAUGCAUUUUUUAUAGUACAAUUAUCAUAAGAAUUCUGAAUUUGUUUUGUAUUUAUUGAAAGUUUUCAGUGCAAUAACUUG